UAGCAUUAAACGAGAGUUUGAUUCAAGUUAAUUUUGAACGCAUUUUGUUCACAUAACCUGAAGAAGGCCUGUAUUCUGAACUGUUUUAACACACCCACGUGACCAGAAACUCCGCCCCUUUACAUACCUCACCAGGAAGAGACUGUCUCAUUAUUUUUCCGUUCUGCAAAACUGAGUCUUUCAUGUCUCUACAAAAGCAAUAACAAAUCCGCGAUCAAUGGAGAAUGACGAAAAACGCUUUCAAGAAGAUUUAUGAAACGUUUGUUUCUGAAACAGACUGUAGAUCUUUGUGAUUCUUGUUGUUGUUUAUUUGUGAAACCAUCAUUCAGAAAGUGAAAGUAAAAGAUUGCUGGAGCUUAAACAGUGAAAAUGGAUUCACCAGCUAAAUAUGAUUAUAUUUGUCCCGUGUGUCAUGAAAUCUUCAAUGUUCCUGUUAUUUUAUCAUGUAGUCACAGUUUCUGUAAAGAUUGUCUUAAGCAGUUCUGGAGAACAAAGAAAACUCAGGAGUGUCCUGUCUGCAGGAGAGCAUCAAAACAUCAACCUCCAAUUAAUCUGGCGUUAAAAAACUUGUGUGAGUCGUUCCUGAAGGAGAGAAAUGAGAGACAUUCAUCUGAGGAGAUCUGCAGUUUACACAGUGAGAAACUCAAACUCUUCUGUCUGGAGGACAAACAGCCUGCGUGUGUAGUGUGCUUUACUUCACAACAACACGACAAUCAUAAAUUCAGACCCAUCAGUGAAGUGGUUUCAUCAUAUAAGGAGGAGCUCAAUACAGCACUGAAGUCCUUUCAAGAGAAACUUCAACACAAAGAAAACAUUAAAAGAGAGUUUGAAAAAACAGUUCAUCACAUCAUGUUUCAAGCUGAGCACACAGAGCAUCAUAUUAAACAGCAGUUUGAGAAGCUUCAUCAGUUUCUCAGAGAUGAAGAAGAAGCUACAAUCACUGCACUGAGGGAGGAAGAGGAGCAGAAGAAGCAGAUGAUGAUGGAGAAGCUGGAGGAGAUGAACAGACACAUCUCAGCUCUUUCACACACAAUCAAAGACAUGGAGGAGAUGAUGAAAGACAAUGACGUCUGCUUUCUGAAGAAGUUUCCAGUCUCAAAGGAAAGAGUCCAGAGCUCACAGCCGGAUCCACAGAUGGCUUCUGGAGCUUUGAUUAAUGUGCCACGUUACUUGGGCAACCUGCCGUUCAGAGUCUGGAAGAAGAUGCAGGACAUCGCCCAAAACACUCCUGUGAUUCUGGAUCCAAACACGGCUCAUCCAGAUCUUGUCCUGUCUGAUGAUCUGACAAGUUUGAAAUUGAACUGGAACAACCAACCUGUUCCUGAUAAUCCAGAGAGAUUCGACUGGGAUCCCUGUGUUCUGGGUUCAGAGGGGUUUAACUCAGGAACACACUGCUGGGAUGUGGAAGUUAAAGAGAGUUCAGACUGGAGUCUUGGAGUAACUACAGCAUCAAACCAGAGGAAGGGACGUGAUUUCUAUAACACUGAUGUCUGGAGCGUGUGGUUUGAUCGGUACAGCCUGUCUGAACGGACUGGCUUUCGUGUUUUUCAGCAGCUUGAUUGUGUGAGAGUGUAUCUGGACUAUGACAGAGGAACGGUGUCGUUCUCUGAUCCUGUAACUAACACACAUCUACACACAUUCACAACCACCUUCACUCACACACUCUUUCCAUUCUUUUGUUGUUACACUAUUUUCACUCUUAGGAUCUUACAUUUGAAUAGUCAGUAAAUGUUUUAAUCCUUCUUUUAUCAUUUUUCCAAUAUUUAAUCCAUAUCACAUGAGUAAUGCUGAAUUCACACGCCAACAGAUUUUUGCAAAAUCCCUUUCACUGCAAAUUUGGAUCUGGAUUUGGAUUGGCUAUAAUUUUUAAUUAUUUCCUUAUCACUUAUCGCGUGUGUUUGGUUUGGUUGUGAAACGUAGUUUGCAGACCAGACAGAGUUGUCAGCAAUUCUUCAUAUUGUAAAGGAAUUCUUCCUGUUGAAACCCCCUGUCGCGAUCCAUCGUGCAGUGUGCACACAUCAGCGACUGAAUGCUAUGCCAUUUAGUUGUGCAGUGUGAAAAGAACAGUGAUCUGAUGACUUUGAAAAUCAUGCAGUGCGAACUUGGCAUAAGAGUGCUCUUGAUCUGAACAUCAGUACGGUGGCUGUAAUUGGACCGUGAUGAUCACAUGACUGAUAUCCAGCACUGCAAUACCACUCACACUCUCAUAUUGCUUUUAGAAACAUUACUUGGUCGGAAUGAGUGGGAACCCUGAAUAUUUGUUUUUGGGUUUUUUUUUUUUUUUUUUUUGUUCAAACUAAUUCUCAACUUGCUUGGGUGAGCAGUGAGACAGUGUGGCUUUACUGACAUCUAGAGGUAAAAUUGAGCAACUGACUCAAAACGUCAGUGGAUACAUUACAAACAUGACAGUCAACAAUAAUACGAAACAUUUCAGCUAAAAAAGGAUUUGCUCUCCAUCCUAAUGUUUCUCGGCUGGAGGAUGGAUUUAUUUAUUUAUUUAUUUUUUUAAAAAGUGUCAUUGAUUUGAAAAUAUUGGAUGAGAACUGAACUUAGCUGGAUGACAUGUUUUCUGUAGAGCUGUUUUAUAUUGAACUCAUUUCAAAAUUGAUGAUAUUUACAACAGAACUGAAUCAACAAUGAACUGACCUUAGCUGAACAAUGACACUGUUUUCUUUUUAAAGCUGCUUUCCUGCAGAAUUGAACUCUGUUUACAUCACUGAUCACUCAUUAUCUAUAUCAGAAUCAGAAUGAGUUUUAUUGUAUAUUUACACUUAUGAAGAAUUUGUCUUGGUGACAGAAGCGUCCAUGGCAGAGACAGAAUGACAAGGGUCCAGUGAUGUCCUUCAGGUGGGCCAACGCCAGUCUCUCAAAUGACUUCUUGACCACAGACGUCAAAGCAACAGGUCUUUCAGUCCUGUGAUUUUGGGUUUAUUGGAGAUGGGGAUGAUGGUGGAGCAUUUGAAGCAGGAAGGGACUUCUCAUAGCUCUAGUGAUCUGUUGAAGAUUUGUGUGAGGAUACGGGCCAGCUGUUUCCGGAAGACCCGAAACACAUCCUCUACACAGAUCGUGGAGGAGGGAGGGGGAUGGGGAGGUGUUGAUGAAUGCAUGGAGAGAAGGUCAGAACUCUAAAUCUCCUAUGAUUCUUCAGUUGAAUCUUUAGUAAGCCCUGAAUGAUUGUUCUCAUAGGAAGAAUUGGAACAAGUAGAUUAAUGCUGGGGAUUCAUUUGGUCCUCUAAAACAUCUACUUGAGACGAAGUUGAAACUGAGGAACAUGCAACAGUUGAAGUUUUAGCAGUUUGCUGAACAUUGCUAUGACCAACAGAGGCUUCCUAAAACCUGCAUAUGUUACAAUCUGAUGCCUACAAACUUGUUUAGAACAAAUCAAUUUGAACUUCGAUCCAGGAAAGUAACUGUUUACCUCCUAAAUGUGAAAAUUAACUGUUGACCGCUGGGAUGCUGUUUCUGACAAAUAAAACAGGUCAAAAUUCUCUCAACUAUA